CUAAUACACGCGCACGUUGUUUUCUUUAAAUUUACGAAAUUAAUAUGAAUUUGCCGGGGAAAAUGGAAGUGGAAAAGGACAAGCUUCGUCAGAUGCACUGUGAAUUUAAUCCGUUGUCGCGUUGCGAUGGUUCUGUGAUGUACAGCCAGGGUGCCACAGUGGUUAUAGCCGCAGUUCUGGGUCCGAUAGAGGUGAAGACCCAAAACCUGAGCAUAGACGGCAGCUACUUGGAGUGCAACUACCGACCAAAAGCGGGGCUUCCCCAGGUCAAGGAGCGGAUUCGUGAGGCUGCCAUUCGGGAUGUUCUGGAGCUGGCCCUCCUGGCUGAGGCCCAUCCGCGUUCCAAGAUGUCUGUGCAGGUCCAGGAGCUGGAGGAUCGUGGCAGCGUUGAUGCAUGUGCCGUGAAUUCAGCCUGUCUAGCCAUGCUCAUUGGCGGCCUGCCCCUGAAAUGCAGCUUUGCGGCCGUCCACUGCAUCAUUAACGAGCAGGGGGAGUACGUACUGGAUCCAGAUCAAAGUGAAACACUCCACCAGCGUGCCAGCUUCACCUUCGCCUUUGAUUCCGUAGAGGGAAACCUGCUCCUGGUGCAGACAAAGGGAGCCUUCAAAAUAGCCCAGUUCAACGAUAUCGAGUGCCUUUGCCGGGCGGCCAGUGCUGAGAUCUUCCAUUUCUAUCGCAGCCAGAUAGCCAAGUACCAUGGCAGAAGCGAGGCGAUAUCAGAGCAGAAGGAGGAGGCCUCCGCCAUGGAGACGUGAUGAUAUAGCAACCAAGACUACCUACGAUUAAAGCUCGAUUUAUUGUA